AGGAAUAUGAAUUUGGGUAAUACAAUUAUAAUUAUUUGAAUGAAUAACAUUGUCUUCUUUUCUCAGAAGGUUUGGACCCAGAGCUGAGAACACAGAGGACAAAGGAUCUUCUUUUGAUAUAGGAAAUGUGUGUUUAUUUUUAUUGUUUAUCUGGAUGAAAUGUACAUUGAUGGAACAAACAGCAAACAUGUCCAGCUAGGACACUCCUAGCAAUGUUGACUGAAAGAUCAUUACCCCAAUAAUUAGGAUCUGCCAGUCAUUCCUGAGGCCCGCUGGGAUUAAUUUAACUCUACUGUUGGGAAAGGAGACUUCAGAGUUGUUUUUAUUGCUCUGAAAGCACUAAAUGAGUGACAUUACGUGUAUUGCAACUACAGAAAGAUGAACAACACUCUGCAAGACAGAAACAUGUUUACAGUACAAGCAGACGUUAUAUUUCACGCAGCAAACCCUGACUCUCCAGAAUCACCUAUCCCAGCUGAAGGGAACAACAACAAUGUCACAGCUAUGGGGAAAACAGGCAUCCCCAGCAUGGAAAUACUGCAUGGUCUCCCGGGUACAUGGGAUACAUCAGAAUCAGGAGGUUUAACUGACAAUAGGAUUUUGGGCAACUAUGGUGCUGUAACAGGUGCAGAAUACGCACAAGAUGCUGCCUCUAGUGACAGUGGAUUUCAAGAGCACAUACAGCCUCUGGACUCAUCUAGAGCACAAAAUCUGGACCUUAGUUUGAGAAAUAUGAGUGAAGCUUCAAGUCAAGGAAAUAUUAGAGAAGAAACGAAUGGAACAAAGGUAGCUUCCAGUUUGGCACCCUCUCUGUGCUUCAGACCAGAGAACAAGGAGGAAAUUGACAAAUUAGCCAAUGUCCCAAGAGACGGUGAGGUGGUUCAGAGUCAGUUUGAUAUUAAAAAUGUCUCCUCCACAUCAGAGGACAAAAAUAAUUCCUAUUCAAGCUCUCAAAAAUCGAGGUCACUUGAAAAAACCCUGGGAUGCUUUAUAAGUUCCUCUGAAGGAGCAGAUCAGACCCGUUACAGAACAUCAUUUGGACAGACUGGGCAGGAAUCGAGCCAAGGGCUAAAGCAAAAUGGAUCUGCAGUAAGAGAAGCUCUAUCUGCAAAAGAAGAGCCGAAUUUAGUCAUAGAGGUGGGCGGACAGAAAAUACAAGCACACAAAUCAGUAUUAGCUGAGAAAAGUGAUUAUUUUAAGGCCAGGCUUUCUCGAGACAUCCUGAAAGUAAAAGGAAUGAGCUACAAGACCUUGUCAGCGCUUGUAGAUUAUGUUUACUCUUCCCAGAUGAACGUAAGCAAAGACAAUAUUGUGGAUGUCAUCACAGGAGCAAAGAUUCUGCAGAUGCCCUGUGCGGUCCAGGCUGCUAUCGACACCAUAUCCACACAGAUCACACCUGAGAACUGCUAUGAAAUCCUAAUGAUCGCCAAAAAGCAGCGACUAAAUGAACUGAAAGAAACAGCCUAUCGGUUCAUGAGUGACAACUUUCUCCAGGUUCUGAGAGAUCCGGCCGUCUACGGGCGCCUCACGGGCUCAGAGAGAGACCUCAUACUGCGCAAACGGAUGGAGAGCCGCCAGUGUCUGAUGGUGGCGGAAAUCAACGACGUGUUUGAGCGUGUAGGAAGUAGACCGCCCAGCAGAAACAGCAGCCGUCCCCAGAGUCCUCUCUCCAUCACGUCUUUUGAGGACAAUCACAUGAUCUACUACUACAAUAAGAGCAGUAAGGACUGGCACACCCUGACCGUCAUGCCAGAAGACAUCAACACCAGGGGCUGCGGAAUCUGUACAAUGUACAACUACUUGUUUGUGGCCGGCGGGAUCAGGGGAACUGGGGAGAAAAGCAAAGUCUCGGACAAAGUAUUCUGCUACAAUCCCAUUACAGACCUCUGGAGCGAAGUCCGACCCAUGACCCAAGCACGAUCGCAACUCAAACUCGUCUCCAUGGACGGGAACCUGUACGCCAUUGGUGGUGAAUGUCUUUUCACGGUGGAGAAGUAUGACGCUCGAAUGGACCGCUGGAUGGCGGUGGCUCCUCUACCUAAAGGAGCAUUUGCAGUGGCUCACGAAGCCACUACGUGUAACGGAGAGCUGUACGUCUCGGGAGGGUCUCUUUUCUAUCGGUUGCUGAAAUAUGACCCCAAGAGAGACGAAUGGCAGGAGUGUCCAUACAACAACAGCAGGAAAAAAUCCACAGACAUGGUGGCUCUCAAGAGCUUCAUCUACCGAUUUGAUGUUAACCGUGAACAGGGCAUCAGUGUCUUUAAAUACAACACCAUCGUGAAGAUGUGGCAUGAUGUCGCCUCCCAGCAGCAGGGCUGCACACUGCCAUUUCGAAGCGCUGUCAUCGAUAAUUGCAUCUACUGUGUGAAUAAAUCUCAGACUCUUCAGUUCAUUGUAGAAGAGGAUGGAGGUCGAUUCAAAGACGAGUCUCUGAAAGCACCUGUGGAGGCCAAAGGCAUCUUAUUCCCCUUCGUUCUUAGCUUGCCUGAGAGAGGUGGAAGAAUUGCAUGAGUAGGAUAUUUCAUCCCUCGGAUGGCACUUCGGAGUCAUUCCAAACAUGGAGAAAGAGAAUGCCUGGUCAAUAUUUAUAGAUUAAAUAUUAUCUCCAGAGAAGUUCAAGGAGCCAGCACGUAGUGCUUGAAACUGGAAUGUGUUUCUUUGCAUGGUAAGAAAAACGUGUAAAACAAAUGUAUGUUUGGCGCCUUAAAAUCACAGCUUCACUAUUCAACUUUAGGAGAUGAAGAAAGUCGUACAUUUAUAGCUCAUUUGUGCAGUCUCUUCCUUCAUUUGUUUUGUGCACUUUGUAUCAGAUAGUAAUUUAGGCUGAACCUAAAAAUCCAUUCAUUUGUAAAGGCUAGUUUAUUGCACCGACAGCCCUGACCAACAGCAACAAUUGCCAGAAAUUCCACGACCCGACUAAUACAAUUAAACGUUCAGUUUCUGAUUACAAGCUCUGACCAACUCAGGGGUAACACACUGAUCCGACUGAACCCAACAAGCUUCUCUUUUGCUGUUGAUCGGCUUCUGUCAGUGCACUGCGAAUUAACCUUAAAAUGGCAAUGAAGAGCACAAAUGAACAACUAAAGCACAUAAUGUAAUAAUGUGACCCUGUUUCCUAGCAACAGAUUCUAUGCAAAUAGAUUUUGAAGUAAAAAUUAUACAUUUUUUGAACUACGUAGAAAAGCCUGCAAAAAAUAGCUCUCAAUUCUAGAACUUUGAUACAGCAGGGAUCAAUAAACAAAUGUCCUGAAGCAGCUGAAGGAGAAUCCAUAACCUUUGAUAACAUUAGAGUAACAUUAGGGAAACUUUAAGAGCACAAAGCACUUGACUUCUGUAAUUGCUGCUACUCAAAUAUUACUGGAUCACAGAUGUGAAGUUCAAACCAGUGCAUUUCUAUGACAGCACACUCAGCGGCUCAUUGGCUCUGAGACCCUUCUAGAUUUAAGUCUGUUGUUAAUGAAGACUACAAUUACAGUACAAUACAAUAAUAUUUAUCCAUAAUAAACACUUCAGAUUCUCAGACAUCUGAGAUCUUCAACAGAUAGGGAGAAAAUAUAGUCUUUAUGGUGUUGUCUUAUGAAUUUAGGCUGAACCCAUCAAAGAGAGACAGACACUGUCACAAAACAUUCAUAUGGUAUCCAUAGCAUGAGGCAUUAUAAUGUAAUUUAUGACUUGGAUGUUGCAAUCUGUGUAGACACCCUGUGAUAUUUAGUGUCCAGGAGUAUUUUACUGAGAUAUAAUUGUUCACGCUUCAGUAUUCCCCUAGACAUUUAUGAACGGAUGGAGAAUGCGAGAUGAGUAAUAGUUUGAGGAUAUGGAUUUUAUAAAUGUUUCUUUAGUGUAAUUCUGUUGAAAUAAACUUAAGGGAAUUUGAAUAUGAAUGUUGGUAUGAUUAAGAACUUGAAUGUGAAUGUUUUGUUAGCUUUUUUUAAUCAACCCCAUGUGCUUUAAUCACUUUUAAUGAAGCUGGACAAACAACACAAUUCCAGUAAACAUCAUUCAAAAAAUCAUUCACUGAUGAAUUAAUCAUAAAUCCCUCCAACUUUGCAAUGGUUCCCUAUGCAUUUAAAUGGUAACAACUUUUGUCUAGUGUUUUUUUUUAUUUAUUUUUUUAGAAAUAGUCUGAUAAUUGGAAAACUCUUCAAACAUUCAAAUGAAAGUGUCUAUAAUACUGGUCAUAUGGGGGAGGUGAUUGGGGCAUUGCUUGCUGAUGUGUAUAAAGCUAAUACGCUUUUAAAACAAAUGGCUUGAUGGCUUCACUUUUUCAGUGGCUCUAUGUCAGUUUAACAUCUCACAAACUAAUGUUUCUGUGUUUACAAUAAAAGAUAUUUUGUUUCCUGGUUCAUUA